AUGUCAGCUCCGUGCAAUUUUAGCGACCAGAUCACCGGAGAGGUGGUUGUGCCGUCGUCGUGGCGUAAGGAGGCCGUAUGCGUUGACGCAACCUGCCAGACCGCCCCGCUAGACGUGUGUGAGGCGGAGGUGCAGACUGCUAUCAGCGCGCUACAAGUAGUCAACCGGUUUGACAAACAGGUGGGCCAUGAGAAGAAGAAGGUUCAGGCCGCGUUAGAUGGCCUGCAGUACGUCUACGCAGGGGUGGAGAUGGACGAGGGGAGGCUCGCCACAUUUUUGGAGGACGCCAAAAAUGACGUGCUGUCAAUGUUGUACCGCAACGCAAAGAGCGGCGCCUUCAGCAACUAUGAGCCAAACUGGUCAACGAGGAGCACCGACGUUGCGUCGGUGGCCACGCUUUCCUCACCUUACGCCGUGGAGGGGGAGCUGCAUGUGCUCUCGCUGAGCUGGAAUGCGAACGGGGCCCUGCUUGCGGCGGCGUACGGCCGCGUGGACACGGCAGGGUGGUGCUACAGCAGUGGCGUUGUCGGCAUCUGGAAUCUGGCGCGCCCGGACAUUGAUGUGAACGCGCCGCAUCACACGCUAGAGAUGGACUCCUUCGUCACCUGCGUCGCGUUUCACCCAACCCAGGCGUCCGUGCUUGCGGUGGGGCUCUACAGCGGCGAGGUGGCCGUGUACUCCGACGUGACAAGUGCGACCCCGACCGCGAUGUCGACAGGUGGAUCGCCGUUGUCGCACAGGGAGCCGGUCUCUUCGCUGCAGUGGACGCAAAGUCUACAGGAAAUGCGGGAAUCGCACCGAUUUAUUCUCUGCUCUUCCGCACAGGACGGAUACAUUUUCUUCUGGACCCCGACAAACAAACUGUCGCAGCCGCUUGCCGCAUUCUCUGUGGAAAACAAAAAAGGCGUGGUUGCCGGUGUGCAGUCCGUCCGAUUUGCACGUCCUGCCGGCGGCGGUGGGGCGAGUGUUCCUUCAGGCGACAGCCCGCUCCUCAUUGGACUAGAAAACGGAGACGUCGGCCGCGCUCGGCCAGGUGUUGUGAGUGUGUUGUCCGCACGCAGCAGCGACGCGCUGGUGGCGUUGGACGUGGAUUGGCUGAGCGGCCACCGAGGGCCGGUGCAGAGCGUCGACACCUCGCCCUUCUUCCACAACUUGUGCCUCACCUGCUCCUCCGAUGGCAGCGUCCACUUGUACAACGCCCUGGAGCGUUUUCCGCUGGCGACCCUUGAGCCCUCGGCGGAAACCAAGCAUUUUCUCUACGCUGCACAAUUCAGCCCCUUCCGCCCAAGCAUUCUCGCGGUGGUGUCGCGGAGUUCCUUUCUGCACAUUUAUGAUCUUCAGAAGUCGCAGUUGAAGCCGAUAGUCUCAAUAGAGGCCGGCGUUGACGGCGCGCCGGUGCUGUGUCUGGCGUUCAAUCACACUUCCCCUGAGUGGCUUGUCACGGGGGAUACGCGCGGCUGCGUGCGGCUCUGGCGACUGCCAUCCACGCUUAUUCAGACGACCGACUUGGAGCGUGCGGCUGUCCGUAGCACCCACGUCCACGGCAAUGACGAGGAUGCGGUGCGCUCCCUUUUGGGAUUCCCGCUAUGA